GCGAGUUUUUAUCAAACACUUGUUAGAGCAUUUCGCCUCAAUCUGCACAAAGAAUUCGCGAAUAACUUGUUAAAGUCAACUCCUGCUAAAGUCGAAAUGUUCGCUGCCAGCAAAUCCACCGCUCUCCUUGCUUUCAGCGCUGUUGCUCUGCUCUGCGUCCUCCUACCGGCCGUUGAUGCUAUACCCUCCAUCGGAAAUUACGUCAAACGUUUUGACACCAUUUCCGGCAUUGAUUUUAUACAAAUUUGCCUCAACAACUGCGCGCAGUGCAAGAAAAUGUUCGGUGACUACUUUCAGGGCCAGACAUGUGCUGAAUCCUGCCUCAAAUUCAAGGGUAAAGCCAUACCCGACUGCGAGGAUAUCGGCUCCAUUGCACCUUUCCUCAAUGCGCUUGAAUAGUGGGAGUAGAGACACUGUAUUACACCGAAUCGCGCACUCAUAUUCAAUACGUAAAUUAUGCUGCUGUCGCCUUGGCUUGUUCACUGCGCUGUUGCGCGAUU